CGAUCACCAUCAUCCCGCUCAGUCUUUCACCUUUAACCAUUUGCCGGGCCUUCAAGUGGUGCAUGUAUGAAGAGAUUGUCGUCGGAGUAGUAACCUAUGCCAAGUGUUUAUGGUGUCCAUACAUAUUUGAAAAUUUUAAUACAUUCUGUGUCAUUUGAUGGCAAUUACCCUAAAGGCCUGCGUUUUCUUCACCAAUUCAAACAAAAGAAACCCAGUAAACAGCCUUAUAGAAAGAUUACAAAACGAGUAGCACAAGAAGAUGUGAACCCAAAGGUUUUUAUGAGGGAUAAAAUUGCAAACGUAUACUCAAUUCUUAAGUAUUCAUCUUGGGAUUCUGCUCAGCAACAGAUAGAAAAGUUGUCUCUAAAAUGGGAUUCUUAUACGGUCAAUCAGGUUCUAAAGACCCAUCCUCCGAUGGAAAAAGCGUGGUUGUUUUUCCACUGGGUUUCCAGAACAAAAGGUUUUAAGCAUGACCAUUUCACUUACACUACUAUGCUAGAUAUUUUCGGAGAAGCUAAGAGGAUUGAGUCUAUGAAGUAUGUUUUUGAGCAGAUGAAAGAAAAGAGCAUUAAAAUUGAUGCGGUGACUUACACUUCAAUUAUGCAUUGGCUUUCUAAUUGUGGGGAUGUUGAUGGGGCUGUGAAGGUGUGGAAAGAAAUGAAAGACAAAGAGUGUUAUCCUACAGUUGUUUCAUAUACAGCUUAUAUGAAGAUUCUUUUUGUUAAUAACAGAGUUAAGGAAGCCACAGAUGUGUAUAAGGAGAUGCUUCGAGCUGGGUUGUCUCCUAAUUGUCACACAUAUACUGUACUAAUGGAGUACCUCGUUGGGUCUGGAAAAUAUGAUGAAGCCCUUGAGAUUUUCAGCAAAAUGCAAGAAGCUGGGGUACAGCCUGAUAAAGCUGCAUGUAACAUUUUGGUUGAGAAAUGCUGCAAAGUUGGGGAAACAAGGGCAAUGAUCCAAAUACUCCAGUAUAUGAAAGAAAACUGUCUAGUACUCCGUUACCCUGUAUUUCUUGAAGCUCUUCAAACUUUAAAAGCUGCAGGUGAAACUGACGUCCUCCUUCGGAAAAUCCAUCCUCAUUUUUCCACCGAAUUUAUUAACGGUGAGAAGGCUGUUGAGUUUGCAAGAACUGAUGCUGAAGUUCCUUUAUCUUUAGAUGGAGGUCUUUUAUUGUAUCUUUUAAAAAAGCAGAAUCCUGUUGCCAUCGACCAUUUACUUACCCGAAUGAUGGAUAAAGAUAUACAGUUGGAUUCUGCCAUUAUGUCAACCAUAAUCAAGGAGGCCUGUGAUUCUGCCAAACCAUAUGGUGCUUUGCUGGCCUUUAAAUACAGUUCAAAGUUAGGAUUAAAUCUUGAGAGAAAUGACUAUCUUGCCUUGCUAGGCAUCUCAAUAAGAUCAGAUACAUUGUCAGAGGUGGUGGAGAUUGUUAAGGAAAUGACCAAAGCUGGACAUUCUCUUGGGAUGUAUCACCGUGCGCUUUUAAUAUAUAGGCUUGGGUGUGCUAGAAGACCUGCUUUUGCUGCAAAGAUUUUUAAUUUGUUGCCAAAGGACCAGAAGUGCACUGCUACUUUCACUGCUCUGAUAGGUGUCUACUUCUCUGCUGGAAGUGCUGAUAAAGCGCUUCAAAUUUACAAAACCAUGCAAAACAGAGGGAUUCAUCCUUCCUUAGGCACAUACAAUGUUCUUGUUGCUGGUCUUGAAAAACUUGGCAGAGUAAGUGAUGCAGAAACAUUUAGGAAGGAAAGGAAAACCAUGCAGGCUGAUUCUCAUUCCAGGGAUACUGCCCCUUUCGAAGAAAAGAUAUGUGAUCUUCUAUUUGGUGGAGAUGUGGCGUCUUGACACACUAUUUGGACUUGAGUAUCCCCGUAUUUACGACACGCUGAGAAAAUGGCGACUACUACUUUAUGAAGCACAGGAAGACAAAUGUGGUACUACACAGCAUGACAAUCAUGGCAAGGAGAAGAGCAGAUUACUUUAAAUUAUUGAUAUCUUUGUAAAAGCAUAAUUUGCAUUCCUGGUAUGAUUCUAAUUAAUUAAAAAAAUUCUUUUGAUCC